UGAUGUACAUAAACUCUCUUGGAUGAUUCUAUAUAUAUUUACGUUUCAUACAAAAAAUAAAAUAACAUGUUCUUUUCUUACUCCUUUUCUUACUCCUUUUCUACUACCCAUCUAUCAGGUUUGUAAGUUAGGGUCCCUGGGAAGGUCACUAGACAUCACCAAGUUUAGCAGUUACCAAGAGCUGCGCAGUGAACUUGCUCAGAUGUUUGGCCUUGAAGGAUUACUGGAGGAACCUAUAAGAUCAGGCUGGCAGUUUGUAUUUGUUGAUCAGGAGAACGAUGUUCUUCUGCUCGGAGAUGACCCUUGGCCGUGAGUUCUCAUACUAUCCAGCGAGUUUGUGAACAGCGUAUGUAGUGAAUAUUCUAUAUCUAUCCUUCAUUUGUGAGCUGUGUCUCCUGUGAGAAGAGAAGCUGGCCAGAUAGCAGUAGUCUUUUGCAACUUUCAAUCGUCUUUCAGUUGCUUGUCUCCUCCGCAAGCUCGAAGAAUCACAGACGUGGGUAGGUUUGUUCGGUGUUCUUCGCAAACGGAGGCUUGAGAACUUGGACGGACGGGUUAGAAAACCCAUGUAUAAUAGUAAUGUAUAAAAACUUUGGGCCCCUAAUAGAAUGACCCCAUCCUCCCCAAGAUUAUCUCUGCUAAUCAAACAACUUUUUAAAAAGGUUGGCGGUUCGUUGAAUACUGAGGAGGCCUUACACCCGCGAAUGACCAUAAGGGAAGCAUUUUCUCAUCACACUUUCUUUCAUGAUAUUAGGAGUAUCAUUCCGGACUACAUUGUUAAUACGGUCUUGAGCACGGCUCACCACUUCUCUAGGCACUCUGAUACCGUUGUUUGGACGCCGAAUCUCGAUGGAUCCUACUCUUUUAAGAGUGUCUAUGAGGAAACCAAACCUAAAAGAUCUACUGAUAUCCUCACUAGUAAAAUCCGUGUGUGUUUGCUUGUGAAUCGAUAUAUAUGAAUAUAUAUAUAUAAGGGGUCGAAUAUAUAUAAGGGGUCG